UAAUGGGCUCUCUAGAAUACCGGAAAACACAAACGUCAAUGGAUGUUGAAAGUGAUCCUACAGAAACUUAUGCUUUGUAUAUCUUGUGAAACUUAUGGUUCAUUGGCUGCCACAAUCUCAUUUCUACUCUUCUUCAUCAUGAUCACCCUAAAUGAAUUUUCUUCCUUCUUCCUCCCUCUCACAGCAGCUGCUUUAGCACUCGUGUUCGUCCUCAGAUUCCGUCGCCCACAAUCGCCUCAGAAGACCAAAAAAUUUCACCCUAUCGGAACCUCUCAACCCAGGGAGAUACUAAAUUACUACAGGAUCCAUGACUUUAUGGCUGAGCUUUUACGCAAAUAUAAAACGUACAGAGUGGCUACUUUCUUCAGAAAUGCGAUUUUCACCACUGAUCCUGCAGUUGUUGAAUACAUCCUCAAAACAAACUUUUCUAACUACGGCAAGGGAUUGUACCAAUAUAAAAUUUUGACAGAUCUACUGGGCGAUGGGAUCUUCGCUGUAGACGGAGACAAGUGGAAACAUCAAAGGAAAGUAUCGAGCUAUGAAUUCUCCACCAAGAUAUUGAGGGACUUUAGUAGUGUAGUUUUUAAAUCCACUGCCGUGAAGCUUGCUCGAAAAGUUUCUGAAGCUUCAGCAUCAAACCGAUCAAUUGACAUGAAAGAUCUUUUCAUGAAAGCAACCUUAGAUUCUGUGUUUAAGGUCAUAUUGGGCAUAGAUUUGGAUGUUAUGUCUAACACUUAUGAAGAAGGUGCCAAAUUCACUGAAGCUUUUGAUAAAGCAAAUGCAAUUACUUCUUUUCGAUAUGUUGAUGUCUUUUGGAAGAUAAAGCGGUUCCUCAACAUUGGAUCAGAGUAUGAAUUGAGAAAGAAUAUCAAACUGGUUGAUGAUUUUGUAUACAAACUAAUUAAAAGAAAAAUUGAGCGACUCAAUAAUAAUCCACAUGAUCAGUUACAUCCUGAGAAGAAAGAGGACCUUCUGUCACGGUUUUUGGAACUCAACGAGACAGAUCCAAAAUUCUUGAGGGACAUAGUUCUCAAUUUUGUAAUUGCUGGCAAAGAUAGCACAUCCACCACUCUUUCUUGGUUUUUUUAUUUGCUUUGUAAGCACCCUGAUAUACAAGAAAAGAUUGCAAAAGAAAUAGUAGAAGAAACCCAAGUGAGAAGUAAUUCAAGCAUUGAGGAACUUGCAGCCAAAGUAAAUGAAGAAACCCUUGACAAGAUGCACUAUCUCCACGCCGCUUUAUCGGAGACACUCAGGCUCUAUCCCGCAGUUCCUCUGGAUGCGAAGAUUUGCUUUUCUGAUGACACACUUCCUGAUGGCUUCAGUGUGAAUAAAGGAGAUAUGAUCCUAUAUGUACCUUAUGCAAUGGGUAGGAUGAAAGCUUUAUGGGGUAGUGAUGCAGAAGAAUUCCGGCCAGAGAGAUGGCUCAAUGUAAACGGCAAUUUCCAACCCAAGAGCCCUUUCAUAUUCACAGCCUUCCAGGGGGGUCCGAGAAUCUGUCUAGGAAAAGAUUUUGCUUACAGGCAAAUGAAAAUUUUCUGUAUGAUCCUUCUCGGAAGCUACAAAUUCAAGCUCAAUGAUGAAAACAAACCAGUCAAGUAUAGAACUUCUUUGACUCUUCAUAUUGAAGGUGGCCUCCAUCUCCGUGUCUUCCCAAGAUCGAGCCAUGAAACUAAUGCUUAAACAACUUCUACUUCCUUGGGCACUUGUCUAAAUCAUGAAGUACAAAGCCAUUAAACAAAUGAAAUUGUAUGAAUAAUUGCAAUAAUGAAAUAAAGAAUUGUAUGGAAUCAUUGUUGCCUA